UAUGUAAUCAAAUAUGGUCGACGUUUGUUAUUGUCCGAUUUACUGCAGUGUUGUCAUCUUUGAAGAAAAAAAAACAAAGAUUUGUGCGAUGAAAUUUUAUAGUUUCUAGAAAUUUUGAUGCAGUAUGUCUUGUCAGCUCUUAUUACUGUCGAAAUUUCAGGAUAUAGCAUCAGUACGACGUUUUUUCUUUCCUUCUUUGUCUAAAGAAGGAACUCCUAAUAAAGAUGUUGAUCUAAAUUCAACACCAGCUGAUCUUAAAGUAGAUAAUGAUGGAUGGGAACAAGACUGGGGGUUCGAUGAUCAAGAAGUCACUACAGAAACCAGCAACGUUGACACUAAUGGUGACAAAGAGUUACAAAAUAAAUGGCUACAGAACUGUCUUCUGUCACUCUCGCCCACUAAUGAUGUUUUAGCCAUUGCUCAUGAAAAUAAAAUCUGUGUGCUCACCCAGAAAUGGGAUCCAAAGAAAAAAGGGGAAGAAAUUGACUCUAGUCUGACACCUGUGUGGGAGGGUGUUUUGGGACUGGAUGAAAGAGAAACAAUCUCAGCUGUUUUGUGCUUACCAUUGUCUUCACAGAAAAGGAGCACUCAGGGUGGACCGGACUGGACAUGCAUCAUUGUUGGAUUUUCAUCUGGAUUUGUUCGGAUGUACACACAGAAUGGCGUGCUACUUCUAUCUCAGUUGCUGCAUAUGGAAAAGGUAGAAAGGUUGAAAUGCAGGACAUAUUCACCGCCACGCUUCCUUGGUCUUUCUGAGACACAUGAUGAACUGCUGAUCAUGUACACAAAGUCAAUAGUGUCUAUUGAUGGCUUUAGUUUAGUUCAGUCACUCCGAGCUUGCUGUAACCAAGUUGCAAGAGCAACGGCAAGCGGCACGGAAAAUCUCCUCCAGCCUCCCCCUCUUGAAUACAAAAAAUGGUUUUUGGCGGAACAAGAACAAGUUUGUGAUUAUGUUGCUUGCGGUGUUGCUUGUGCUAACCCAUUUGAUCAGCUAAAGGCAGCCUCCAUGUUAGGUGGAGUUAAGGCUUCCGUAAAAACCUCUCCACCAACUAUGUCUGUCUUCAUGACCUCUGGUAAUCAUCCUUAUGUUGGAUUCUUUUACGCUAUUGAGGGUUUCACACAACCAAUUUUAUCAGAAGUGGCAAUUGCUAUGGCAAACAAAAUCAAGUCUGCAAUACUAUCUGCUGCUAGUGGAUGGUUGGGUUUUGGUGGGAAAGCCAAGGAGGAGAAAGAAAAGCCUCCAAAAAUUGAGCCUGCCACACCAUUGCCUUUAAGAUUUGGAUUACCAGACAAACGGCGUGUUGGUGAAAACAUUAUCUUAUCUCCUAACAACAACUACGCAGCAACAACAGACAGUUUUGGGCGUGUUAUACUGAUAGAUGUUCAACGUGGAGUGGCUGUCAGAAUGUGGAAAGGUUAUAGAGAUGCACAACUAGGAUGGGUUGAAGUGAAAGAAGAAAAUGUGGAACCAUGUAAAAACCAUGAUCUUUACAGGCUGGCUCAGUUUCUUAUUAUCUAUGCUCCCAGAAGAGGAAUUUUAGAGGUUUGGCUGGCUGCACAUGGACCUCGAGUGGCAGCUUUCAAUGUCAGUAAAUCCAGUUGUCUUAUUUGUCCAUGCUAUGGAAUGAUGGGAUUAAACAAUGUGACAUGUAAGGGAGUGAAAUCCAAAGCCUUUCUGUGUGCGCUUAUUGACCCUGAUGGGAUGAUUAAAACUAUUCACAUUCCUUUUCAUUUAGCACUAAGUGACAAAAGUAUAAAGAGAGCCAGAGAUCUUCAUUUAUUAAAGAAAUUGAAAGCAUUUCUUAAAGAAUCAGCUGAAGACAGAGAAGGUCUUGAAGAGACAAUAUUACAGCUACUUUUGGAUAUGAAAGUGGCUAGCAUUGCUCACCAAGCCUUGGAGCGAGUACUUAGCACCAAAUAUCUUCCCAUUCAGCUUAUGCAAAAAGUUGUGAGAGCCUGCAUUAAAAAACUGGAGUCAAGAGCUAAAGAAAGUCUUGAUUUAGACAGUCGUAUAAUGUUGAUGUUUUGUAAAGCGCAGAAGUCACUAAUGACUCUCUACUCUUCUGUGUCUCUUCUCAACAAUUCUGAGCCAGAGCCACAGAAACUGUCACAAUUAGAGAUUUUAACAGAUAUUUUACACUUAUCUCCAACUGAUGCUUCUGUUGUAGUGAAUGUACUAUCACGCUAUGAUUUGAUGACCUCCCCUUCCAGUCCUACUAAACAAAGCUCAAGAGUUCAGUUCAGUGAAGAUGUGGCCAAACUUCCUGUGACCUCUUUCCUUCAUGCCUUCUCCUACAGAACAUUGCACACAAAAGAGGAUGACAGCAAGGCGACAAGUGCAUUCUCUGACAAGCAGAUCAGUGUCACGGUCAGUAAGGAGGCUAGUGAGGAGCGUCAGCAUGCACUGGGCGAAUUUUUAUUCGGAGGCUGUUUACAUGGAAAAUGUCAGGCUCAGGAAAUUAUGGCAGCUUUACAACAGAGUAAUCUACCCCCAAAUCAGCUGUUGAACUUACUUAUGAUGCACUGGCUUUCUGUUGGAAGAAGAUCUCUGAACAUGCUUGUUGGUCUCUAUGAACUUGUGAAAAGUAUCACUGCUCUUGCAGAUGUGAGUGAAGUGGUUGUGGACUCAAACACCUCCUCCACCUGGUGGCAACAUGUAAGGAAUAUGUGCAGCCAAUCAGAGCAUUGCUAUGCUGCCUAUCUGGCUGUGCUCACUUGCAAAGCUGUCGCUGCAGAGGCUCUUGGGAUUCGCUCUAAGGCCAAGGAUCCAGAUGCUGACUCUGCCAGCACCACCUCAGAUGACAAUGAACAGCAAGACAUGUGUUGUGCUUCAGGGGAUGCUAGCCUGGACAGCCAGGACUGGGAAUCCUUGACUGUUGACAUGGAGCUAUGGGAGGUUCUUUACCGUCAGUUUGAAGACAUCAUGGCCAUCAGCACCCUGAUUCACUUAUCAGUCAACAUGGAACAGCCUAUCACUGUCUCUGUCUCCAAACUUCUCAACAGUGGCAAAGGUUCCAUUCCAGAAGUAAUUGCCAGGUACAUAGUUCAACAACAACUGAACCCAGCUUCACUUUUCUUUACCUUCACAAUACAAGAGUCAACUGAGAAUGAGAACAGUCUGGAAGGAGUUUAUUCUGGACAGAAUGAAACACAGAAAGUUAAAGACAAGAGAAAGAGUAAGGUGGAGUGUAAGAAAGAAAUAGAGAAACUUCUGCUUGAAAAUAUCACAGAGAUGAGUUACUCUGAUCGUGUUAAAUAUCAACUUGAAGAAUUGAGGCAAAGAUUUCCUCACAGCCUUCAGAAUGAUAUUCUUUUAGCCAACUGUUGCUGGGAGUAUGCAGUAGUCUGGAACAAAGACCCUGAGAUAACUCAGAAUUUAGAUCUUUCAUUGGAAUUCUUAAGACUUGUUCAAAAUGCUGUUUUAAGACAAGGUGUGUCUAGCUUGUUGUGGCACAUGUUUAUACAGAAAAGAGCAGCAGCGGCAGCACAUCUCAUGGAGAAGGUUGGCAAGCCUCCAAAGGACAGAUUAUGCAGAAAGGAAGUUGGAGUUACAGAUUCUACCCUUGUGACCUUCAUCUCUCUUUGUGCAGACUUUAUGGAGAUACUCAUGGAUGCCAACUGUGAAGCAAAUGAGGUCCCUGUGUGUAACACGGAACAUGCUUGGCAGAAAAUGCAGGGACCAACCUCAUUGGUGGAACUGGCCAUUGAUCAAAAGGCCACAAACUAUGGUCUCCUCAGAGUUCACUAUCAUCUACUGAAGAUCAUGUCUGCUGUUCUGGCUUUGAAGAUGAAGUCUGUUAAAGUUCUGUCACUUUUUGAUAGCAAGGGCCGUGCUGCAUUGUUUAAAGACCUUCAUGCUCACCCCCUGUUACCUAGUCAGAAGGUUGAUCAAGACUUGCUAGUAGCUCGUAAAAAUUUCUUGUGUCGAGUCAUAUCCAGUGCAGUUGCUACCAUUGAUCCACCAGCAUCCAGUCCAAGUAUUGGUGGAUCAAGUCCUGCUUUUAAAAAACAUCGUUCUCUCUACUCUUCUGCAUUUAAGUGGCCUCAGGUUGCUCUCAAUUUGACAAGAGAUUUUGGUCUUGAUGUUGACUUUAUGAAAAGAUAUCAUGUAUGUGAGCUGUAUUCCUAUGGCCAUGACAAGUUUGCUGAAGAGGUGAUGACUUCAGUGACAGAACAUGAAGAACUUGGACUUCAGUUAUUGACAGUGGCUGGUCAGAGAGUAGCCUAUGAAAUUUUCAAACGUGAUAUUGAUGCCAACUUUCAACAUUUAGCUGGGAUGUCCGUCACACUGACACGAUGGUUGUCAACACUGGACCCAACAACUCUCCACUACCCAUUGUCUCCCUUGUCCUGGACUGUCACACUGUUGGAACAAGCGGCCUCCAGACUUAGUGAAUCAUCCAAAGAUCAUGAACUGGCAUUAGAACUUCUGGAAAAAACAAAGAUAUUAGCAUCUUUUUCUAACCAGUCAACCUAACCACUAUUAGUAGAACUCAAGAUUUAAACUUUUUUUUUUUUUCCUCUAAUCAGUGAACCUGAACUGCAGUUUUUUUUCUGGAAGUGCCUCGAAAACUUUUUUUUUCUUUUCAGUCACAUCUCAAAGAUGUUCUAUUAUAUUUGAACUUUUCAGUCACAGCGCAAAGAUGUUCUAUUGUAAUUGAACAUUUCUAUUUUACAUAGAUAUCUUCUUGUCCACCACUUCAGAUUUAUAAAAAAAAAAAAGUACAUUUCAUAGUUUGUGGUCAAUGUUCAGCAAGAUAUUUCAAUUUAAACACUUUUACACUGGGCCUGUGAUAGCAUUAUGACUUGUAUUUUGUUGUUCUCUUUCUUGUGAUUCUAAUCUUAGUUUUGUAAUACUUAUAUUUUUGCCUGGAUGUGUGUGUGUGUGUGUGUGUUUCUUUAAUUUGAACAUUGAAGAAUUUGAAAAUUUCUGCUAGUUGUGCAAAAGCAAUUGGUUUGAUAAUGUAUUCACAUUCUGUCAGGCAAACAUUUUUACUAUCAUAUCAUUGUAUUGAGUUUUCUUCUAUGUUGUCCUUAUUUAACUAUCUAUUGUGGUGAUGUGUCCAUUUUCUGAUGGUGUAUGUUGAAGAGUAAUAAAACUUGACUAUUUACACAAAUAUUGUGAAAUGACCAGUUGCCCUUCACAUUAGAAACAUCUCUUAUAUGUAUCUCAUUUAAAACGGACCAAAAAAAAUUUUUUUUGUUUAAAUUUGAUUAGGAAUAUCAGUCUCAGAGAAUAGAGUAAACAUUGCUAUACAAUGUGUGAUAAAAAAACAAAUGUUUAUUUAGUGUAUAAAACCAUUCAGGAAUCAAUUUAAUCUGUGUGUAGAAGUCCAUGAAAAAAAGGAUCCCAUAGUUUUGUUGAUGUGAAUUAUAAACACUUGAAUAAAGAGACAGACAAAACAUAGUGAUAUUCUGUAUGUUUUAUGACAUAAAAUCAUCAGACAAUAAAAUUACAAUAACAUAAAACUAGAUUCUAGUUUUGAGUAUUUUAUCAUGUUGCCCAGUCAUUGGCCAUUGCAUUUAGACAUCUAUCACAAGUCACCGUCGUUGAUUUGGCUGUAUAGCGACGACAUCUUUCACACAUGUGUAAUUGAGCUGAUGUCACUAAUAUUUUAUAGUCUACUUCAACUGAUGAAGAUUCUGUAUUUUGUGAGAAAACAAGUUAAAACUUAACAGAAGAAAUAAAACUUGAAAGUUCAA